AUGCAGAGUAGAGCUAUUCAGUUGGAAGAAGGUAAAGAAAUUAUAGUUCCCGGCGGUGGCCGGACUGGGCUGAACAAGGCGUUUCCCUACAAACUGCUUCUUCUGCUAGCAUUUUUUCUAGCUUUCUCUGGUGCUUUCAUCAUCAUUAGUGUAACCACAAUCAAGUAUUACGGAAUCAACAGUGUAGUGACCUCAGUCACUUCUAGCCUUGUGGCUUGCCGCGAGAAACCAAAUGUUCUUGAUAAAUGGAUAAAACCUCCUCUUGUUCUCAUGCAUAAUAUGAGCGAUGAAGAGCUUCUUUGGCGUGCGUCUUUCAUGCCUCAGAGGAAAGACUAUCCAUUUGAUAGGGUCCCGAAAAUCGCGUUUAUGUUCUUGACAAUAGGUUCCUUGCCGCUGUCACCGCUGUGGGAGAGUCUUCUCAAGGGUCAUGAGAAACAUUACUCGGUUUACAUCCAUUCACAAGAAUCAUCUUCCUCCGAGUUUCCACCUUCCUCUGUUUUCUACCGUAGGCAGAUACCAAGUCAGGUUGCGGAAUGGGGAUUGAUGACCAUGUGCGAUGCAGAGAGGCGGCUUCUUGCAAACGCGCUGCUCGAUAUCUCAAACGAAUGGUUUGUUCUCCUCUCAGAGUCAUGCAUUCCACUCUACAACUUCACAAGCAUCUACUGUUACAUAACCAAAUCAAAGCACAGCUUUAUGGGUUCGUUUGAUGAUCCUAGUCCCUAUGGCCGAGGCCGCUACGAUGGCAACAUGUACCCUGAAGUUUCCAUAGACCAAUGGAGGAAAGGAGCUCAAUGGUUUGAGGUUAACAGAGAGCUUGCAGUUUCCAUUGUCAAAGAUACAUUGUAUUACCCUAAAUUUAAAGAGUUUUGUACACCAGCCUGUUACGUGGACGAGCAUUAUUUCCCAACGAUGUUGACGAUUGAGAAACCAGCGGCUUUGGCUAACCGGAGUUUGACUUGGGUCGACUGGUCUAGAGGUGGUGCCCACCCGGCUACAUUUGAACAACCAGACAUCAACGAGGAGUUCUUUGCACGAAUCUUGAAAGGUGACAACUGCAGUUACAAUGGAGAAUACACAUCCAUGUGUUAUCUCUUUGCUAGAAAGUUUUCUCCGAGUGCCUUGGAGCCUUUGAUUCAGAUUGCUCCCAAGAUUCUGAGUUCUUAA